AUGAGCAGCGCGCGGAGGAGCCUGGGCCUGCUGCGCUGGGCCCUGCGCGAGCUGGUCUGGGGGCGCCCGUGCCCCCUGGAGCGCUUUCGGGCCGGGCGAGGGCGGGGCGAGGUCGGGGCGAGGGCCGUCGCGGGCGUCGGGGCGGGCGGGCGGCGCGAGGCGAGCGACCAGUGGCCAAAGUUCGGAGUUGGUUGGCCCCCGGAGGGAACUUUUGAUUUACAGAUUGUCCGUCGCGUGAAGGAAAUCGUUACCCGUGAAAGAAAAUUCGGACAUCCUGACCAACUCCUGUAUAUCUUAGUCUGGCAAGAUCUAGUCCAGAACCCCCCUGCUUGGUUAAAGCCAUUUUUGUCAUUUCAGGCACAGCCGGUACUGCCGGCUAAACUGCUUGGGUCACACCCCAACACCCCGUCGGCACCUGCGGUUUUCCAAGACUCUACCCCGGAGGAACAUCUUUUUCCACCACCCUAUCAUAACCCUUGUAGUAACCCUCUCCAACCCCUGCGGUCCGCUGACCACCCUCUCCCAGAGGCGGGCGGGGCUCGUGGGCAGGGUCCGGCGGCAGGCACUCGCUCAGUGAAGGCGAAUUCCCCGGAUUCCACCGUCCUGCCCCUGCGCGUGGCAGGAUUGCCUAAUGAGCAGGGCAACCAGCCCAUGCACUACUGGCCGUUCGCGACCAGUGACCUCUACAACUGGAGAGCGCAAAAUGCACGUUUCUCUGACAACCCUAAAGACCUUGUUAAUCUCCUAGACACUGUUCUAUUUACUCAUCAGCCCACCUGGGAUGAUUGCCAACAGCUCUUGCAGGUCCUCUUCACCACUGAGGAGCGAGAUCGUAUACUAACGGCUGCCAGGAAGUUAGUCCCUGGAGAGGAUGGCACGCCCACCACGAACGCGGCCUGCAUAGACUUAGUGUUUCCCUUGACCCGACCUGACUGGGAUUUUAACCAGGCUGAAGGUAAGGAGAGACUCCGGGUGUACCGCCAGACUCUAAUGGCAGGGUUGCGCGCAGCAGCCCGCAAGCCCACCCAUUUGGCCAAGGUAGGAGAUGUGCAGCAGGGAAGGGAGGAGACCCCCGCGGCUUUUCUAGAACGCCUCAUGGAAGCUUUUCGGCAAUAUACUCCUAUGGAUCCAGAGGCAGCGGAAAACAGGGCCGCGGUGGUAAUGGCCUUUGUUAACCAGGCGGCUCCUGACAUUAAACAAAAACUACAAAGAAUAGAUAGGCUGGGAGAAAAAUCUAUUCGAGAUCUUAUGGAGGUGGCAGAAAAGGUGUACAAUCGCCGUGAAACUCCUGAGCAAAGAGAAGACCGUAUCCAUCAGGAAGAACGAAAGGUAAGGGCGGCUGAAAACGCACGCCACACCCGGGAUAUGGCCAGAAUCCUGUUCGCCGUCACUCAAAAGGACGACCCGGGUAAGCUACGCCCCUCCCGCCGCCCCAGCUCCUCAGGGACAGGCAGGACCCUACAGCGUGAUCAAUGUGCAUACUGCACUCAAAAAGGACACUGGGCCAAACAUUGCCCAAAGAAACGGGGAAUAACCUCAAACAACCCCGCCAUUUCUGACACUCCUGUCCUGGUGCUCCGGGGCACAAGAAAUGACAGUGACUAGGACCGUCAGGGCUCGACCCUCCCCGAGCCCCGGCUAACCUUAAAAGUGGAGGGGAAACCUGUUAAUUUCCUUGUGGACACGGGGGCACAGCAUUCAGUCCUCACGGAACCCUUGGGUAAACUGUCCGGCAGAACGUCGUGGGUGCAAGGGGCUACGGGAUGCAAGCAGUAUCCCUGGACCACAAAAAGAUCUGUAGACCUGGGAAAAGGUCAGGUCUCGCACACCUUUGUUGUAAUCCCUGAAUGCCCGUACCCAUUAAUUGGAAGAGACCUUUUAACCAAGAUAGGAGCGCAAAUCUCAUUUGGACAGGAAGGUGUCGAAAUCAAGGACUUUAAGGGCUCUCCCCUACACGUCCUCACGAUUUCCCUUCCAGAUGAGUACCGCCUUUGGGUGGCGCCAGAUCACCCACCCCUUUCCGGGUGGUGGAUGAAAUCUUUCUCCAAUGUUUGGGCAGAAACCGCGGGGGUUGGCCCGGCGUCCCAACCACCCAUUAUAGUCCAGCUAAAGCCUGGAGCUGAACCCAUUCGGGUAAAACAGUACCCUAUGCCCGCAGAAGCCAAGGCAGGAAUAACGCCUCAUAUUCGGAGGCUAUUGGACAGUGGUAUCCUUUUAACAUGCCAUUCGUCAUGGAACACCCCUUUGUUACCAGUGUGAAAACCACAUUUGCAAGACUUCAGGCGGGUACAGGACCUCAGGGAAGUAAAUAAACGGGUCAUAGAUAUCCACCCCACAGUCCCAAACCCUUAUACCUUGCUGAGUGCCUUGCCACCUACUCAUGUGUGGUACACAGUAUUGGACUUAAAAGAUGCCUUCUUUAGUCUACCACUAGCACCCCAAAGCCAGGAAAUGUUUGCCUUUGAAUGGCAGGAUGCGGAACGGGGCAUCAGUGGACAAUUAACUUGGACAAGGUUGCCUCAAGGGUUUAAAAACUCUCCCACCCUUUUUGAUGAGGCCCUUCAUGAGGAUUUGAGAAAAUUCCGCAGCCGAUUUCCCAAACUAACUUUGCUCCAGUAUGUUGAUGAUCUGUUACUUGCAGCAGAAAGUGAGCAUGCCUGCCAAACAGGAACAGCCGAAUUACUGACGGAACUGGGCCAGAUGGGAUACCGUGUCUCCACAAAAAAGGCACAAAUUUGCCUGCCUGAGGUAAUCUAUCUGGGCUACCGCCUCAAAAACGGUUAUAGGUGGCUGACGGAAGCCAGAAAAGCUACUGUCUUACAGUUGCCGACACCCACCACCAAAAGGGAGGUACGUGAGUUCCUGGGAUCUGCUGGGUUUUGCCGGCUAUGGAUACCUGGAUUCGCAGACCUGGCCCAACCCUUGUAUGAGGCUACCCGGGAAAAAGUGACUUUUCAGUGGACUCCCCAGAUGCAGCAGUCCUUUGAGUCCUUAAAGAGGGCUUUACUGUCUGCACCAGCCCUGGGUCUUCCGGACAUUACAAAACCUUUCCAUUUGUUCGUAGAUGAGGCAAAGGGCAUAGCUAAAGGGGUGCUCACUCAGUCCUUGGGCCCCUGGAGGCGUCCUGUGGCUUAUCUGUCUAAAAAGUUAGACCCGGUGGCGUCUGGCUGGCCACCGUGCUUACGCAUGGUGGCGGCGGCUGCCCUCCUUUUCAAGGACUCCCAAAAGCUGUCUCUGGGACAAGUUACUUCCAUAACCACCCCCCAUGCGGUGGAAGGAGUCCUCAGGCAGCCGCCAGAGAGGUGGAUGAGUAAUGCCCGAAUCACUCACUACCAAAGCCUAUUGCUCAACCCAGAGAGGGUCAAUUUUUCGCCACCCACAGGGCUAAACCCCACCUCCCUCUUGCCUGUCCCUGACCUGGAGGCCCAUCUAGACUGUGUUGAUAUCUUGGCCCAGGUCCAAGGGUUACGCCCUGAUCUGCGAGAUAACCCUCUGCCAGACGGACUGGUUUGGUUUACGGAUGGGAGCAGUUUUAUCCGCGAGGGCCGAAGAGCGGCAGGGGCGGCAGUGGUGUCCAUGCAGAAAGUCAUAUGGGCUGAGCCUUUGCCAUCCGGGACGUCCGCUCAAAAGGCUGAACUAAUUGCCCUAACCAAAGCUCUCACCUUGGCCCAAGGAAAAGAUUUAAUUGUGUAUACUGACAGCUUAUGUGCAUUUGCCACGGCCCACGUACACGGGGCCAUAUAUCGAGAGCGCGGGCUCUUAACCUCCGACGGCAAAGGCAUUAAAAACACUCAGGAAAUUCUGGAUCUCCUGGCAGCGCUGUGGCUACCAUGCAAGCUGGCUAUAGUGCAUCAUCCAGGUCAUCAAAAGGACUCCUCGACUCCAACUCAAGGUAAUAAGCAGGCGGAUGAGGCAGCACGCCAAGCUGCCCUGAUGCCGAUAGAUGCCCUGACGGUAAAACUCCCAGACCCAGGGGACCCGCAUACUAUGGACUUUGACUACAUACAGUCUCUACCGGGUGCUUUUCCUUUGGAACACUGGUGGCACACCCAACAAACUAAGGCCAUCUUGCCAGCACACUUGGCCACUGAUCUCAUUCAGCGCUUGCACCGAGCCACGCAUUUGGGAGAGAAAAAAAUUCUAAAUCUAAUCAGGCAAUGGAACCUCCAUAUCCGGGACGCAACCUGUACCGUGCGACGAGUAGUGGCAUCCUGCCAGUCGUGCGCCAUGGUAAACGCCACCAAGACAAGCGGUGAACCAGGAAUGAGGCCGCGAGGAAUGCGCCCGGGGGUCCAUUGGGAAAUAGACUUCACCGAGCAGGCUCACCAGGAGGUCUGGCCCCGCCUCAGAGCGCUCUAUGAAGGGGGAGGACCUUCUCAGACAGCCCACAAAUUUCAGCCUGGAGAUCUUGUCCUUGUCCGCCGACACAAGACCGACGGUCGUGGCCUCCAGCCCUGGUGGAAGGGUCCCUACAUCGUCCUCCUGACCACACCCACCGCACUCAAAGUGGACGGCAUUGCAGCCUGGGUUCAUCACUCGCACGUCAAGACGGCACCAACUGACGACUCCCAGCUGCAGUGGCGAGCCCGGAAGCAUCCCACCAAUCCGCUCAAGCUGACUCUUCAGGCGCUCCCGGCCGCAACCCAUCGCUCCCAAACCACUGCCCACGCCGUGAAAAAUGACAACAAACUGUAAUGUUGGCUACCUACUGUCCUUCCUUUGUUUUUUCCUUGUCGGGGCUGACUGGGAUCCCUGCCGACGGUGCACCACCAAAGGCGUAUUUAGUCAUAUUCAGAGCAAGUGCUAUGUUAGCAAGCAUGCUUGCAGCCUUGAGGGAGUUCCUCUGUUUGCAGUGACCCUGAUUAAGGGCACCACCCAGGGAUGUCCAGGUAUAGUGGGGAGGGUGGUCUGUUGGAAGCGUUUAAAUCGUAUGCCGCCUAGGGCCUCCCCGGUGGCGCAGCGGUUGAGU